AUGGCGAGAACGCUGCCCCUCCUUCGCGGAAACAUCACGCUGGAUAGAGCUCUUAAUGACGACGGCAACGUGCCAAUUGAACUGAGAUAUCCUCGACAAAAACAAGAAUUUUGGAAAUACUUGUCCGCCAGGAAGGAUGAGAUCGAGGCUCUUGUGUCGUUUCAUCUUGGCGUAAGCAGAUGUCGAGUUGACGAUGAAAGUGUUUGGCUAUCUAGUCGCUUCAACGUGUGCAUUCCUGUCCAUAUUAAUACGCCCUCCAGUGCAAGGGUGGUCCUCGUCAGAAUUCCACUACCCUACAAGGUUGGGGAGGCACUAUGUCCUGGCAAUGUUGACGAGAAGCUUCGGUGUGAGGUUGCCACAUAUAUACGGAUGCAAGAAAUGUGUCCAGAUAUCCCAAUACCUUUUUUAUUUGGCUUUGGAUUCCCAGAUGGGCAGAUGUUUACAACCCCAGAAAAUGCUUCUUUUCUAUCACGAUUAGUGUGGUACGCGCGACGCACCUUACGGGCCUUCCUUCGACUCCCUAACCCAUGUCGUUAUGUUGGUCGAAGGCGCCCAGAUGCUUUGAAAACAGGCUACAUGAUUAUAAGUUGGGUUUCGCAGGGAACUAUGCUUUCAAAAUCAUGGGAUACUCUCUGCCACGACAAGGCUCGCCGCUCAAAUCUUUUCCACGGCCUGGCUCGGAUCAUGCUUUCACUAAAUAGGUCUCAUUUACCACGAAUUGGCUCCUUUACUCUGGAUAAUCAAGGCUUUACGACCUUAACUAAUCGCCCUCUAACUUUACGACUUCACCGCUUGGAGAACGAAGGUAUCCCAAGAUCAAUCGGCAGGACUUCUACAUAUUCAGCCACUGAUCUGUACCUCCUUGACCUUCUAGGCUCUCAUGAUAAUCGCAUUUGCCAUCAACCAAAUUCCAUUCACAGCAAAGCAGACGGCGAGCAACAACUUGCCGCAUUAACUAUGAUGCGCGCUACUCUUCAACAUUUCACUCGUCCUGGCUAUCGUUACGGACCUUUUGUCUUUAGCCUUACGAAUCUCCACCAAAGUAACAUCUUCGUUGACGAUAAAUGGAAUAUCACCAGUCUUAUCGACCUCGAAUGGGCAUGUUCACUACCGAUAGAAAUGCAAUGCCCUCCAUACUGGCUCUCAGGGCGAGCUGUAGACUCUAUCGAACCCGGUGAACACCUGGAGACUUUUCGUCAAAUCAUCACUGAGUACUUUGACGCUUUCGAGCAAGAAGAAAGGGACAUCACAGGAGAGGAGCCCCUAUAUCAAACUCCUAUCAUGAGAAAAUGCUGGGAUACUGGAAGCUUCUGGUAUUUCCAUGCAGCGAAUAGUCCCAAGGGACUAUACCGGCUCUUUAAUGAGCAUAUCCAACCAUUGUUCCAUCCAGAACACAGCGAAAUGCCCAUAUUCGACGAGGUUGUAGCCCCAUAUUGGGAUGUUGGUGCAGCUGAUAUGAUCGAGAGGAAGAUUAAAGAAAAGGAAGAGUAUAAGGAUCGGCUCCGAGAAUUGUUUGAAGCUCCCGAAGUUUCCUUGUCUAUGUCUUGA